GCGCCAUCCUUUGGUUUACGCUGGUAUGGAUGACUAUCGUCGUCAAUGCGAUGCUGGGCGUCGUCAUGAUGACUCGCAUACACGCCAUGUAUGGGCGAUCCAAAAAGAUGUUCAUCUUUCUCAUCGUUGUCUUGAUGGCUUCAACUAUUACGACCGGAGUUAUGGUGAUAUUUGCAGGCAUUGGCGUUUCAGGGGAGGAACGCUUCUUUUCUGGCACCAAUGAGUGUGCCAUUGUCUUCGCUGACAUAGAUGCUGUCCAUCUCCACGAAACGGCGUGGAUUCCUGCCAUUAUGUGGGAGCUCAUUGCCUUCUGUCUUGUGGUCUGGAUUGUCGUGGACCACUUCCGCGAAUUACGGCAACAUGGACCAACAGGAUUGACCAUCGGACACUGUUUCACGGUUUUAAUCAAAACCCAUAUGCUAUACUUUGUGUCCUUUGCUGCCGUAUCUUGCCUCUACCUCGGCCCACUGUCUCCAGAGCUGUCCUCUGAUUCCCUGGAAAGUAGUAUUUAUUUCGGCAUUCUCAAUUUUGCCCAGCCGGUGCAAAUGUUUGUGCUGGGACCACGUCUGGUCCUUAGUGUUCGACAAUAUCACGCUGAACUCGCGGCCGAGUUUGACGAAGGAAGUGGCAUGACUGCGAGUGCCUUCCAGGAGCAUGGACACCUGUUACUUAGCAGUGGUGUGUAGCAUGGAAGUACUCUAAUCGAGUACUGCACAGGGAGCAUAUAGAUCUGGACUAUCGUGGCGGUAUUUAAGAUUCAUUGUAAUAAUUUCAUUGUACACAAAAACUACAGCAAGU